GUCAUUAUGUUUCGCGCUUGGACGGAAGAAGGAAGCGGAGAGAAUCACACGACUGUCAGCGACAGGGGGGCGGGAGUGUCGCUCGCCUCUACCGCAUUGUUCCAGCGCUUUCUUAUUUCAGCACUGCAAGUAGUACUUUCAGCAAAAGUAGCCAGCAUGUUCUUGAAGUCAUGCUGUGUUUACAGCUGUGGUUUGCUGUCAAUAGUCUUGCUGGUGGUGGCCAUCGCCCUGGUCGUCUUGCAGGUCUUUCAAAACACCCUGUACUCCAGGAUCAAAGAGGAGAUCGUACUGAGGAACGGCACAGAUGCAUUUAAUGCCUGGAAGGACCCACCUCCCCCUGUCUACAUGCAGUUUUACUUCUUCAACGUGACAAACCCUUCGGAGGUGCUGAAUGGCGAGCGACCGGCUGUGUUCGAGCUGGGGCCGUACACCUACAGAGAAUAUCGUCCCAUGGAACAAGUGAGCUUUCAUGAAAACGACACCAAAGUGUCUGCAGUCAACCCCAAGACCUACGUGUUUGAACCCAAGAUGUCCAGGGGGACAGAGGAUGAUCUCAUCAGGACUGUGAACAUUCCCGCUGUGACGGUGAUGGAAAAAUUUAAGGAACACCAUACUAUCAGUGGUCUCAUCUCAGCGAUCAUGAAAUCGCAAAACGAGGAGCUCUUCACGACGCACACGGUGGGAGAGCUGCUGUGGGGUUACGCCGACAGCCUUCUCUCGACUCUCAAAAAGUUUGUUCCUGAAAUAGAAGAACACUUCGGCCUCUUCUAUAAGAUGAAUGCGACUGACGAUGGUGAAUACUUUUUCUUCACUGGAAAAGACAACUACAAGGACUUCAGCAGAGUGGCCGAGUGGAGAGGUGAAAGCUCUCUGACAUGGUGGACCACAAAUGAGUGCAACAUGAUCAACGGAACAAUUGCCUCCACCUUCCAUCCCAUCGUUGAGAAGAAUGAGGUCAUCUACAUCUUCUCCUCCGACCUCUGCAGGUCGCUGUAUGCCUUAUUUGAGAAGGAGGUGAAUGUGAUGGGUAUUCCAGCGUACAGGUUUGUACCUCCCAGGGAGGUGUUUGCAAACGCCACGGAAAACCCAGCCAAUGAGGGCUUCUGUGUCCCACCUGGGAACUGCCUGGCGUCUGGCUUGCUCAACGUUAGUGUUUGUAAGCAAGAUGCACCGAUUAUACUGUCGUCACCGCAUUUUUAUCAGGCAGAUGAAAAGUUUGCCAACGACAUUUUCGGAAUGAACCCGAAAAAGGAGCACCAUGAGACUUCAAUUGAUAUUAAUCCACUCACCGGUAUUCUGCUGAGAGCCGCCAAGAGAAUGCAAGUGAACGUCUUUCUUGAGAAAAUUUCCGUUUUCAGUCAAACAGGGAACGUCAGGACCUUGGUAUUUCCCGUGAUGUACCUCAACGAAAGUGUGGUCAUUGAUGAAGAGUCUGCUAAGAAGGUGCAAGCGGUGGUUAAUAAGGGCAACUUGGUCAUCAACAUCCCUUUCCUUUUAAUGGGAGUCGCUAUCGUACUAGGUGUGGUCUUUGUAGUGAUCAUAUGCAGGCAAAGAGUUCCUCAGUCCACUUCAGCAGAACGACAGCCCCUUCUUAAAUCAUCAUAACUCCAGAUGGCCGGAGAACCGUGGGGAUACAGAG